AGUGCCGCCAUUGAGGCCUCUGUGAUGGCGCUACCGGUGGAGGAGUGGCAGCUCUGCGCUGCCCGGCGCUGGGCCGCGCUGGAACCGGCGCUGCGGGAGCGGUUGGAGGUGGCAUCACUGCACGACACCGUGCACCUGGGCUGCGGCCUCCUUCGGCCCGAGGUGGAGGCGGCGGUUCUGCGGCGGUUGUGCCGCCGGGCGCACACGGGCAAGGAGCCGGCGGCUGCCUGCUUUUACCGGGAGGAGGGAAACCGGCUGUUUGGCCGCCGCCAUUACGGUGCUGCCGUGAGGCUCUACUCGCAGGCCGCAUCCCACGAGGUCCCCGGCAGCCCCGACCUGGCCAUCUGCUUCGCCAACCGCUCCGCCGCCCUCUUCCACCUUGGGUGCUUUGAGGUGUGUUUGGAAGAUAUUGCCAGGGCUGAGAGCCAUGGCUAUCCAGACAGGCUGCUUCCCAAGGUCUUGCUGCGGAAAGUUGAAUGUCUGCUGUGCCUGGGGAGGUUACAGGAUGCAGGAGGCACGCUCAGUGUGGUGGAGAAUAAAAUUGCUGUGGAUGGGAACAUGGCAAGUUCUACACACCAGACACUGCUAAAGAAGUUAAAUCAACUGAAGGAUCAAAUACAUGGGAGAGAGAGCUGUCCAGAGCCUGCACGAGAAGCAUAUGAUGACACUCAAAGGAAGUCAGAGGUCUGGGAAGAGAAUGCCAGUAUUUCAGGUGCAUCUUCAUCCUUGAGCUUGAAUUUUGAUAGAGAGAGAGGACGUCACUUGGUGGCUUCCCAGGACAUCCUGCCUGGACAGAGGCUGUUGAAAGAGGAGGCCUUUGUCAGUGUGCUCUGCCCAGGGGAGAACUUUCAUCUGCAGGACAGCAGUGAAACAGCAUGGGAUACCCAAGUCACCAAUGCAAAUCUUUAUUGCCACUGCUGUCUAAGACAGCUCUUGGCCUCAGUGCCUUGCCGUGGGUGCAGUUAUGCAAAGUACUGCAGCCAGAACUGUGCAGACCUGGCAUGGGAGCAGUACCACAGGACAGAGUGCUCCCUGGGAGCACUGCUUCUCACAUUAGGGGUCUUCUGCCAUGUUGCCUUGAGGACUGUUCUACUGGCAGGAUUUGCAGAGGUUAGCAGGCUGGUGGAAUGGUCCCACGAUGGUGACAAAGACCUCCAGAACCCCGAGACAAGAUGCAGAAUUCUUGUUGAGGCACCAGAUACAAGAACUGGUUCCAGAGGUAUCCCUGGUUGUGAUGAUGAUGGUCAGUACCAGAGUUCUUACCAAGCUGUGUUCAACCUUUUGCCACACACUGAGAAGCACAGCCCUGAACACAAGUUCCUUUGCUUGCUCAGUGUAGUAGCUAUAUGCAAACAACUGCAAGAAGCUGGCCUAGAGGCUGCUGUUUUGAAUCAGAGAUCAUCUGAGAAGGGCUCCAAACCAAACACAUGUGAACAAACAUUGGGUGAAUUGUCCCCAGGGCUGAAGACUUUGGCAGAAGCAAUGCUGAGGCAUGUGUUGCAGCUGCAGUGUAAUGCACAAGCCAUCACUGUAAUGCAGGAGUCGGGGUCUGGAGAUGGUGCUGUUGUCAAUAAGAAGCCUGUGCGCCUGGCCACAGCCUUCUUUCCUGUCCUCAGCCUUCUGAACCAUUCAUGCUGUCCCAAUACCAGUGUGUCAUUUAGUGGGACAGCUGCCACUGUCAGGGCAUCACAGUCCAUCCCAAGUGGCCAAGAGAUUUUCCAUUGCUAUGGACCUCACCAAUGUAGGAUGAGAGUUGCUAAGAGACAGCAGCUUCUCAGUCAGUAUUUCUUUGAGUGUCGCUGUCAGGCCUGCCUCGAUGAGUUAAAGGCUGAUGUCGAGAGUGUGGUGUCCACAAGAAACUCAUUCUGCUGUCCUAGCUGCCAGGCUCCAAUGCAGGUAGGGGAAGAUACACUUUGUUGCUCAGAGGAAGCUUGUGCAACCUCAGUGAGCAGAGAGAGCCUGGCACGCCGUUUAGGGGCCCUUCAGCAGCAAAUCAACGCAGCAUUAGAACUGCUAAGAGGCAGGAAGGCUGAUCAGGCUAUCAAAAUGCUCCUGAAGUGUCAGCUGGAUGCUAGAAACUUCUUGUCUCCAGAGCAUUUGCUGAUGGGAGAGAUGGAGGAUCAUCUGGCACAAGUCUAUGCUACUCUUGGGAAGUGGCAGGAAGCAGCCAGACACCUGGAGAAGAGUAUUAAGAUUGUGGAAAUGCAUCACGGGCCAUCAAGCGUGGAAAUAGGUCAUGAACUGUUCAAGCUGGCACAAGUUCUCUUCAAUGGAUUUGCAGUUUCUGAAGCUCUGAGCACGAUUCAAAGAGCAGAGGAAAUUUUGGCAGUGCACUGUGGUCCUCAGAGUGCUCAGAUCCAGGAACUACAAGAGAUGAAGUCUUGUCUGUCAGACCUUCCCAGAAGCAUCCUUCAGAGGAUUUAAUUUCCCUGUCAAAGGAAGCUGCAGUGUGAUCUUUCAUCAAAGCUAAGUUUCAUGUGGUAAGGUAGUUGUGUGUAAGUAAGCUGGAAAAUCAUGUGUAACAACAGCUUGAAGCUGAAACCUGAAGUGCCCUUCAGUGAGACUGCUGCAAAUAAAAU